AUGUUGAAAUUUUUGCUACUCGACGAAUCAGAACGAGAUAAUCGAUUAAAAUCUACGGUAGACGACGAAUCUGUCAGAAUCGAAUGCCAGUUGGAACGAGCAUACUGGAAUCAAAAUGGAACAUUUUCUUUGCAAAAUAUUCUCUUCCAUGCGCGCCCUGGUGAUCUCAUUUGUAUCAUUGGACCAGUCGGAUCUGGCAAAAGCUCUUUGUUGCAAACAUUGACAGGUGAAAUCACAUACUUCGAUGGUAAAGUUCGACUCAAUGGCUCAUUUUGUUAUGUACCGCAAGAAUCUUGGAUAUUUUCUUCGACGAUCAAAAACAACAUACUAUUUGGUAAAGAAUAUGAUAAUCAACUGUUUCGGCGAGUGAUUCAUGCCGCUGCCCUUGAUACAGAUUGUGAUCAAUUACCCGAUGGAAUUCAAACUAUGGUUGGCGAUCAAGGUGUCAUGUUAUCUGGAGGUCAAAAGGCGCGUGUCAAUAUGGCAAGAGCACUCUAUCGAGAGGCAGAUAUUUACUUAUUGGAUGACCCGUUGUCUGCUGUUGACACUAAAGUUUCAAAAUAUCUGUUCGAAAGAUGUAUCAGAGAUUAUCUACGCGAUAAAAUCUGCGUUCUUGUUACACAUCAGAUACAGUUUCUACAAGAUGCAACUAAAAUUAUUAUGUUGGAUAACGGUGAAAUGGUUCAUACAGGUACAUAUUCAGAAUUAUUGACAUGCUCACCUCUGUUCAGUCAAAUGCUCCAUAAUAUCAAUCAACAAGAAUGCACGAAUGAUUCGAAGAAAAUUCAGACAGCAGCUACAUUCAGUCGGAUGGCCUCGUCUGGAUCAACGGAUGAAACCGAAGAAUCUUUACUAACUGAUCAUAUAGAGAUGCACGAAAAAGGUUCAGUGAAAUGGCAUGUUUAUCUCGACUAUAUUCGAGCAAGUAGCGGUGUGUUUAUUGGCAUUGCUCUGUUGUUAAUAGCAUUCGGCAUCCGGGAAUUCCUUUCGAUUUUUGCAACUUGGUGGUUAGCUGAAUGGAGUGAAGACGAAAAUCAUCGACAUAUCCAAUAUGCUAACUGCACGGAUACGAAAGAUAAGAAAAUGAAUGCAAUCAAGUUAAUGAAUGAAACUGAAUGGAACAACCAUCACAACCGAAAAUUCUACUUCUAUUGCAUCACUGUGUUUAUUCUAACAAUUCUAACACUAUUGCGUACAAUUACUCUACAAUCAUUAUGUUUAAAUGCUAGUCGAAUGCUACAUAAUCGGAUGUUUCAACGACUUAUUCGAUGUCCAAUAGCAUUCUUUGAUCUGAAUCCCAUUGGCCGUAUUUUAAAUCGUUUUACAAAGGACAUUGCUUUGAUAGAUGAGCAAUUGCCUAACACGAUUUUCGACUUUAUGCACUGUUUUUUUGUAGCAGUGGGAAUGAUGGCUUUCGUCAGUUGGCUCAAUCCGUGGUCCCUUAUACCAGCGAGUAUCGCUAGUAUUGGAAUGCUGUACAUCCGAUAUCAAUAUGCCACGUGUUCACGAGAUUUGAAACGUCUAGAAGGUACGACACGCAGUCCUUUCUACUCGUAUUUGGCAUCGACUAUUAACGGAUUGAAAGUGAUUCGCUCGUAUCAUGCUGAACAAAUGUGCUCAAAUGAAUUUUUUCAGCAUCUGGAUGACAAUACACGAGUCAAUUUUUUACUGACAGUAACUAAUCGAUGGGCAGCCAUUCGAUUCGAAGCGAUCACUCUAUUCUUCAUUGUCGUAGUAACUCUACUCGCCCUUUUUGUACGUACUACAGGCGGCCACUUUUCUACGGCAAAUAUAGCGCUAACACUCUCGAAUGCUGUCAAUCUGGUAGGUCUUCUCCAAUGGACUAUCAGACAAUCAGUCGAAGUCGAAACACAAAUGACUUCUGUCGAACGAAUACUCGACUAUUGUUCACUGCAACAAGAACAAUCAUCACUAAAGUCAUCACCUCCUUCUAACUGGCCACAACAUGGUCGGAUCAUCUUCAACAAUGUUUCCAUGUCUCAUUCCAGCCAACCACACGCACCACUCGCUCUUCACAACAUCUCGUUCACCAUCGAACCAGCACAGAAGAUUGGCAUUGUCGGAAGAACAGGGUCUGGCAAAUCUUCACUCAUUCAGACUCUCUUUCGCAUGGCAACUCUUGUCGAUGGGCAUAUCAUCAUCGAUGACAUCGAUAUCACCACCCUACCACUCGAUCGUCUCCGCCAACGCCUUUCCAUCAUUCCACAAGAUCCUGUUCUCUUCACUGGCACGAUCAGAUCCAACCUCGAUCAGUUCGGUCGAUACUCGGAUGCUGAAAUCUGGAAUGCACUCGAACAGGUGCAGCUGAAGAAACUCGUACGAGAAGUGUUGCCAGACGGUCUGCAGUCACAUGUGAGUGAAAGUGGAUCGAAUUUGAGUGUUGGUCAGAAGCAGUUGAUGUGUUUGGCAAGAGCAAUACUGAAGAAGAGCAAGAUUUUGGUAAUUGAUGAAGCGACUGCAAAUGUUGACAAUGCCACGGAUGAACUGAUACAAAAAGCGAUUCGUGAACAGUUUGCUGGGUGUACAGUGUUGACAGUGGCACAUCGUUUACGAACAGUGAUCGAUAGUGAUCGAGUGAUGGUGCUGAGUGAUGGGAAAGUCGUGGAGUUUGAUUCGGCGAAAGCGUUGUUAUCGAACGGUGACUCGUAUUUUAGUGAACUUGUAAAACAAACAGGUCCGGCCGAAGCUGAACGAUUAUACGAAUUAGCCAAGCAAAAAUUUAUACAAUAA